AGGUGUAACGCGACGUUAGCUAUCUACUAUUUCCAUACUUCUAUACAUGCGUAUUUCUAACUCAUACAUGCGUAUUAUUAAGCAGUACACUUCGGGCUAAUGAUUUCAGUUCAAUGGUUAUGCUUAAUUUUCAAUUAAUGUAAAAUGCCGUUGAUGUAUACAUUUUGUACAUGGCUGCCCUUACGCCUCGGAACUAUCAUCGUCGGAUUAAUAUCUAUAAUACAGUCAACUAUAAUCGAAAUGGUUUGCAUUCUUAGUUUAAGUAUGACAGAUACCAUUUCUCGUGAAAUCAAUAAAAUGCUUCAUUCAAAUAACAUGAUUUAUACGACUGAGAUUUUAAAAGCAGUUGAAAAAGAUCCACGGAAUUAUAUUACAAACAUUAUGAUUUACUUUAUUUUACAUACUAUAAGUUGUGUUGCGUUAAUAUACGGUGCUUUUAAGAGUUCUAUUAAGUUAAUACUACCAUAUAUUAUUCUGGAAUUCAUAAGACUAUUUAUUAUAUUUUACUUGGUGAUUACAUCUAUGGUUCUAAUAAAAAUAAAUGUGUUGGAUUUCUUAUUCCUAAUUUUUAUUUCUGUAAUUGGGAUAAUCCUUUUACAAAUAUUGAUUUAUUUGUGGUGUUGUCCGUUGAGUUUGGUGCAGUGCUUGAUAUUGAACAAGAAAUUAUUGGGGUCUCAGUCACGAGAAUCUUUCGAGUCAAACAACAAUGCGUUACCAAAGACUGCGGUAAACAAUCAAGACGUCGUAUAUGAUCCGCUAUCUGAUCAUUACGGGUGGAGACCAUUCAAACCUAGCUACAGUUAUCCUUAUGAAAACAUGCCACAAUAUGAGUACUAAUUGCUUAUUGCCAAUCAGCUAUGCAAAACAAUUAGUGUAAAAUAUAUAGAGUAGGUACUUAAUACUUUUUAUGCUAUGAUGAUGGGUAUUUUAAGAUUUAAAUAACCUUCGAGUGCAUUGAUUCGAAUCUUGAAGUAACCACUUUAAAGAUGAUGUUUAAACAUUGAGGUCAAAAUAUUUUUUUUCGAUACCUAACUAAUUUAU